UUUUCAUUACCUAGUCAAGAUUUGAAGCACGGUUUCGAAAGAAGCGAUUUGUUGAUAUAUUUUACGUUUUCGUUGUAUGUCGGGAUGUAAGCUUAACUAUUAAAGUGAAUAAAAGCAUCAUAAAAGUGUAUUAUUAAUGAAUUAAAAAAGCGAGCAUUAUUUUAUGCAUAGUAUCUUAUUCGUAUAAUUAUAUAUUGUGUAAUAAAAUUUUGAUAUGUUUUUUAAUGCUUUUCUAAGAAAUGAAGUCUGCUGUUGCGAUAAUUGUUUCUUAAUAACGUGCGUUAUGAUAAAGCGCUCAAGCCAUGAAAACUCCCUGAUAUUGAAGGACUCAGGCUGAGAAUUUGAUCUGUAUGGAAUUCUGUUCAGAGAUUUCUGCAUUUUCUGUCCCUGUAAGUAGCAGAGACAAGACAGAGGAUAUUCGGAAUCUUGAAGUUACUGCAAAUAAAGCUUUAAAGCAGAUUCAAUCACUGUAUGAAGAAAUAAUGGCUCCAAAUAAUUCGUCGAUGCAUGAUUCAGUUUCUGAUGAGAAUAAUUCCUUCAGUUCUAAUGACACAAAAUGUAAGCAUAAUCACUGCCUUAAAUCAUGUAGUAUUUUAGGAAACACUUGUUGCUGUUGUGAGAGAGUUACCUCUCAGUCUGUUUUAUAUAAAUGUAAUGAAAUUCCAUUUCAGAAACACUAUGAACAAAGCAGUUCAUUUAAGCUUAAAGAUUAUAAUAUAGAACGAUGUUUAAAUGAUCGAAAUCUAAGUAAAUGUUUAUUGAGACCAGAACUGAAAGUCACUGUUCCUCAACCAUUUUCUCUUAGCUUUGAAGAUACUGAACGGGUGGUGGCUAAAGAACGUAAAAUUUCCAAGUUAAAAGAACAAUUAAAUUAUGAAGCUGAAAAAGAAUUAAAAGUGAAAAUACAUACUAAACCAGUUCCUAAGAGCACACAUUUGCCAUUAUAUGGCGAGAUGGUCAAAAGAAAUGAGAAAAGAAAAAUAGAGCGAAAAGUAAAAUGCAUUGAAGUAACUAAAAAUUUGAUAAAGCCUUUCAACUUCAGUGCCUCUUCUAAGGCAAAAUCUUUAUGUGAUUUAACUAUUACUGAACCCAGAGAAUAUUUCAAAGCAAAACCUUUGCCUCAAAAUAUAAUAAGUAGCAAAAUCUCUGAAAAUCUUAAAAACAAAGAAGAAAUUCGAAAGAUACUGAUUGCUCAUCGAGCAGAGGAAAGUUUAAAAAAUUCAAAACUCCCAUUUUCUCCUAAAAUUAUUCCACGAUCUCAUUCCGCUCAUAAUUUAAAUCAUUCUCCAUCAGAAAAUAAUCGAAAAGAAGAUAAAGUAAAAAAUAUUGCUGCAAUUACCAAAAGAUUGUAUACAAAAAAGUGCAAAGAAACAAUGGAAAACUGGAAUGCAAAAGUAAAAAACUUGCACUGUCCUCAAGAAGAGAAAAGUAUUGCAGAAAUUUUAAGUGAGAAAAAACGUGUUAAGCCCAUUCAAACACUGCCGUUUUCCUAUUUUCCUGUUCGUAUGUCAACAGCUGCUGUAUUACGAAAGAGUCGUAUUAGAGAAGAAAUAAUUGCUAGAGAAAGGAUGCAUGAAGAGGAAGUGCAUUCUGAAGAAGAAGCUACUAAAAAACUAAAACAAAUUCAAAAAAAUAUUCAAGCCAGGCUUAAAAACUUUGAUAUGACAUCUGAUUUUAGAAAGGAAAUUGAAGCAAAAGUCCAGAGCUUUAGAGUUUCUCAGAUAGAUAGAGAGCAUGAAUAUGAAAAGGAACUUCAAGAAAUGAUGAAACGAGUGUCAAAACAACUUCUUCUUGUAGAGCGACAAUCAAAAAAAGAAAAGAAAAAUAAUCUCCAAGCAAAUGUAAGUCAUGGUAUUGAAGAAGUGACAUAUAAACUACAAACUACAGAUAAUGAAUCAGAAAUUACAUUUGAAAAGAGUGAUUCAGAUGCAUCUGAAUAGCUAAUAAUGAUAUAUAAUUUUACUAAUUUAUUUUCACAUUUAAAUUAAUAAAUCGUAAAAAUGAGUCUCUUGUAUAUACUUGUUUUAAUAUAUUGAUAAAAAUAUUUAUGUCAGUGAGAUGUAUUUUGUUUAAAAAACUAUUUAUAUCUAAUAAAUUAUCAUGAAUUUGUUAAAAUUGUAGUCAUUAAAUUGGUAGCCAUUUAUGUAUACAUUCUGGUCAAUCAAUACUUUAUGUACACAUACAGAUAUCCCUGUUUCUAAAAAUUAUUUAAUUACGAUUAUAUAAUAUUUUAAAAUUAUUUUUCUAAAAUAAUCUUUGUUAUUUGAAUCAGUAUUAGGCUUAACAUUGAUAUUUUGAUUCUCUUUAUUUCCUUCUGUAAAGUAAAGGAUAUAUUGUAAUCGCGAA